GUAUAUCGAUCCCAAAGUUCCUGUUGCCAGCGCCGCCAUAUUUCUCGACUGAAAGCAACGACGCCAACAGGUAUCACAAAGGUAACAAAGAAAAUCGUCCAAAACAACAGUGACAUAUGACUUUUGUGUAGAACUUUCAAAUGUGUAUGUGCCUUCUAUCACGACAAUGAGUACAGACACAAGGACUGCUAAUUCUGGGAAGAAGAAAGGUGGUGGAUUUUUAUCGCGUCAGGCGAAAGCGAAAUCACAGACUGAAUAUUUAACAGAGGAAGAACUUUUGAAGAGGGACGUUGUGACGCCUGAUGAUGUAUUACGACUUAGUAAAACCACAGAGAAGUACCUGUGCCCACCAGAGGCCAAUGUGUAUGGAAUUGACUUCACUCGCUUCAAGCUGCGGGAUAUGGAGUCCGGCACAGUGCUGUUUGAAGUAGCUAAACCUCCCCCGCCUGAAGAUGGGGAAGAUGCUGACCUUGACCUUGAAGACAGUGAUCCUAACGCUGGCCGCUUUGUCAGAUACCAGUUUACACCACAGUUCCUCAAGCUGAGGACAGUCGGAGCCACUGUGGAGUUUGUAGUUGGAGACAAGCCAGUCAACAAGUUCCGCAUGAUUGAGAAGCACUACUUCAGAGAGAAGAUGCUCAAAUGUUUCGACUUUGAGUUUGGCUUCUGCAUCCCACACAGCCGGAACACGGUGGAACAUAUAUAUGAAUUCCCCCUUCUCAACCAAGAAGAAAUUCAAGACAUGAUUGACCACCCUUAUGAGACUCGCUCCGACAGUUUCUACUUCGUGGAGGAGAAGCUGAUCAUGCACAAUAAAGCGGACUACGCCUACAACGGCGGUGCCUAGCGGCGGCACAUGGCAUCACAUCUGUAUAAACUGACAGUGUGGGAUACUUCUAUAGACACAGAUAGACAGACUCAACCCUGCCUGAUUUCACAGGGAAGUCUGCUGGAGAUAUGACAUCUCGAACAACCAAGGGUACAAUAAUUGAAGGCAAAAAAGUCGUGUUUAAAGAAACUGACCAUUGAAAUAUUUUGAGCCUGGUUUGUUUUGAUAGCAAGUUCCAAGUUUUGAUUUAAUAUUGAAAUUGAAAUAUGACAUACCUUGGUUGAAGUUGUGUUUGUUAUCUUGCUAGAGACUGGUAUCAGUGUUUCUUCAGUAACUUUGAUAACAGGUUUCAGAUAUGUGUUAUCUUCCUGAUAUCAUUUUUAUACACAUUGUAAAGUAUGAAAACAAUAUUUUUAGCUCAUCAUCUGUUUUAGUUUCCGAUCUGUUGCACAGUUUUACAGAAAUCCUACCUCAUGCUUAACAUGAAGUAUCUUUUCAGGUAGAAACAGAAAUAGCAAUAUUCAUACCAAAGUUUGAGUGAAAAUCCUUUGUCUUUACUUGUUGGUUUUAAGCUGGAUGUAUAUUUGACUCGGUCCGGAGAGAAUGAAUAUGAACAUGAUCAUUGUAGUGAUGAAUAUUGUAAAAUAACAUGUACAGAUACCGGAUAACUUUUUAUCAAGGGAAUCACCUGCUCAAGUUAUCAUUUCCAUGUUAAAUGUUUUAUUGAAUUAAACAAUUGUACUGGGAAUAAUUUGGGCCUUGAUUCUCCAUUCUUGCUAUCAAACGGUAAUUUUAUUUCAUGCAUUAAUAUCAGCAUGCUUAAGCCAGAUUUAUUUUUUGGAGGGUUACAGAUUUUUUGGGCCCCAAAAUUUAGGGUGGUAGGUAGAAUAUUUAUGUUUAUAAUAUACAUAUUUUUUUCUUUCCUGCCACGAUUCGUCAUUAUUCUUUGUGUUUUUAAGUUUUUAAGAUAAAUUGUCAAUUGGUUUUAAUCAUAGUCUUUUGAAUAACUUGUUUUCUUGAUAGCGACUGUAAAUGACUUAAGUUUUAACAUUGUACUUAUUUAUGGCUGACGAAAUAAAAAACACUGCUUUUCAUUUUUUCUUCUUUCAAAUUUCAAUUUUGGGGAUUUGGCAGAUUUGUAAACCUAGUUUAAAAUAAAGCCUGGCCUUGCAUGCCUCACUAUCCUUGUGACAGCUAUUCUCUGAUCUCAUCUAAAACCAUCCUGAUAUACUUGAUACUAUGUAUAACAAGUUGUGUUACAUGUACCCUAGCAACUGACAUCGGUUAUUUAAUUCCGUUGAUCUGAACAAAUGUGAAAUAUUCGCUGGAUAAUUUAAUUCUUCGUUUAAUGUGGUUAUUUUCACCAGAGGUUGGGGAUAUGAUAGAUUUUAUUUUGUGAUGGUUAUUUUUGAGUGACAGUAGUCUCCAAAUGUGAGUAUUUAUUGGCACCGUGUUGUACAUUUGUGAUUGCAUGCAUUCUAUUUGCUGUCCUAUAUCUCAGUAUUACUGUCUCCACACAGGGGCCUUGUCACAGAACUCUCCCUGCUUGCAGAACAGAAGUUGCAGAUCAUAGAUCAUACCGAACACCUACCGUAUUCCACGUAAUAAGCGUCCCGCUCUAAUAAGCGCCCAUAGCGAUAUUUGCUACUAUAUUGGCUAGUGAACAAUCCCAAUUAGCACCCCUUCUGAUUGAUCAAUGUACAAAAGACUUAUUUAUUCGCGUAUAAUACGCACUCAUGUGUUAUAUGCACCCUUAAUUAUGGGCAACUAAAUUCUGGAAAAAUAUAUCUGUUGUAUAUAAACAUUUCAGACUGUCAGCAUUAACCACGAAAUUUAUCUUUCAACUCAUUUUUUUCACCAAAAUAAUAUUCUAAUAAGAGUCCCCUAUUUCUAAUUUUGAGAGCGCCCUGGGUGCAUAUUACAUUAAAUACGGUAAUUAUAUUGCAGAUAUGUCUCAUGCAUGCAUGCUCCGGAUUGGUAAGAAAACCCCAGUUAGGCAUUUUUCACAGACGCAGGUAACAAACAGUUAUUCCCCCAACAUCUAUAUCAUUCGGAAAAAAUCAUACAUAUCUAGAUAAUGGCGUCAUCUUGAGUUAGGGAUACAAAUGUGAAGCUUGUAUGAUGCAAAUGUAAUGUUAACUGUUACGCAGUACUAGGAGGGACAUAAGAAAUAUACCUUACAUGUUACGGUACAUUUAAAAUAAUAGAAUGGGUCUUGGCCAAUCAGAAUCUGACUUGAUGUGUAAGGUGAUAAAUAUAAUGUAACAUUGUUAGAAGAAAUACAUCUUUUGGUAUCUUUAACAACAAGUUGUUGCAUAGAAACAGUAAAUAAACCCAGUACUUGAACACAAAAUGUUAAGAUGUCUGUAGAAUCUACUCCAUUUUGAAAGUUUUUCCUAUUUUCGUUGUUAUAAAUAUCAAUAAUAUCUCACUGCCUUCACUUCUAAAAAUAGAUUCGAAUUGCGGUUCCAAUUAUGUUUCUAGCUUUGUCAGCCCAAUACCUGUGGGUUUCACCUAAGUGGUAAAUGUCUGAGACCUGCAUCAAUUCAGGCUUUCGAUCCACAUUAAUCUUCAUCCACAGCAGUAGAUCUGUAGACAAUACUCUAAUAAUCAUUUCACUGUAUGAGUCAUGGUUGCUGACUUCGAAAACACUCUUCUCUAUGUAGGGACUGGUUUGUGACAUUGCCCCCAACUCGUUCACAUGACUGCGGGGGAGGUUUGUGACAUUGCCCCCAACUCGUUCACAUUCCAUUCCUGUCAGGGUUUGUUUUGUGUCUUGUUCAGGUUCGUUCUUCUUACUCAUUGCUAGCGAUUCACCAAGGACACAAUCCGAUACAUAUCACAAGAAUUUGUUCAAGAUACAAUCUGUAUCAUGAUCAGAGGGUCAGGUAAAAAUCUGUAUCUUUAAUCUAAUUUGAUAUAAUACAGUUAAACUAAAAUGACUUUCUACAUGUUGUUUUGUGACAACACCGCUAGCUCAUAGUGAUCAGCACUGUGAGUGAUGAGGUUGUUUGCUGCUUUUAGCAAUAGUCAAGCAAUGUCAUGGCGAGGGACACCAGAAAUGUGCUUCACACAUGUCGGGAACUGAACCCAGGUCUUGGGCGUGACAAGGAUCAGCCCUACGACUGUUGUAAGUCCAUACUUAGUCUGUCUCCCAGAGGGGUGGUUUGGUAGCCUAGUGGUUAAAGCAUCAGCUUGUCAUGCUAAAGACCCGGGUUCUGUUCCCGACAUGGUUACAAUGUGUGAAGCCCAUUUCCCUGUAUUCCCCACUCAAAGCGGCGUAAAACCAUACUCACUCACUGUCUCCCAGACCCUAGGGAAUAAAUUGAAACUCAAGUCUAGAAUGAUUUGGCAGGUCUAGAUUGCCUCAGCUCUAGGCUGAAAUUAAGGAUUGUUCUUGGCUCCAUAUGGAUUUUAUCUUGUUUAUUUUGCAGACAUAUAUUUUAAAAUAAGAAACCUGGGUCUAAAUAUCAGUCUAGACUAUGUUGAAGUAUGGGAAUUUUGGGAGUCACUUUGGCCAACGGGGUAACCCAGGACUAUGAUUAUGAUUAUGAUUAUGACUAUGACUAUGUCAUUCUGUAGGCCAGUGAAUGUGCAGAUAGUGAAACAGUUUGUGAAAUUCAUAAAGUGUAUUAUAUCAUAUUGGUUUAAUAGUGCAGUGCAUUUGUGAAUCGUUUCUGCAUCAUUGCGUUGUCAUCUGUCCUCUGCAUAGAUGUCAAGUCUGAAAUCCUUGAUUCCUUUCACGUUUAUUUGAUGUGUUUGUUUCUUGAUUGCAUUGUAUUGAAAUGAUUCCAGGAAUUAGAAACUUUCAGUUCAAGUGUUGGACAGUUUCAUUAUUCUGUUGUGAUGAAUGUGGUUCAGCUGUGCCUGGACUUACAUAACGCUGUAAAGAAUGACACGCUCCGAGCUGUCAGAAAUUGUCUUCUUGUAAGUAGUGUUCAAAUGAAAUUGAAUGAUUUAUUAUAAAGUUGAUAUGUAGUUAUUUGGAUAUUUUAAAAGUCAGUAUGUACUGAGUGCAGUAGUUGUCUCCCCUUGAUUUCUGUCGGUUGGAUGAAAAAGUAAACGACAGUUCAUACCACCAUCUGGUUGCUAGAUUCCCAGGCUGUGAGACAAUCGUCAACCAUUUUGAACAUCUAUUCUCAGGAGUGUACAAAUCAUGGAUGCUACGAUGAUAAAUGCAUUCAUCAUAGUUCUGUUGGCUCAACAGUUUUGAAUAGAGUUUAAAAAUAUCCAAGCUGUUAAAUUCUUUUUGGAAUGUUUUUUUGAAGUUUGAGGUAUUGAACAUUAACAAAACUGUCCUGGUGUCUGCACUGAUUAUAUCUGUAUCGCCACAUGGAUUUUCUCACCAAGGUUCAUGUGUUUGCGGUCUAUCGUAUUACUGCCAUGGUUAUACGAGGUGCAGCACUGGUCUCAGUGUUAUGAUUAUCAUACUUAUGGUUAUGAUUGUUAAAAGCCAUUGUAGUGAAGACCGUGCAUAAUAUUAGGACUGAAAGUUCACAGCGCUUGUUUCGAAUAGUCUUGCACAGAUCUUAGGUGCUUUUAAGUUUGCUCAAGUUUAAGGUGCAAUGAGUCGGUUAUAAAAUCAAAACUUGACCUUGAUUGGAAAAGAUUUCGAAUUCAGUUUAUGGUAGUGUCACAGUGUCAGUGCCAAGAUUUGAUGAAGUCAAACUGUUUUUCAUCUGAUUACAAAGAAAAUAUUAAGUUUGAAUCUACUAAAUAUGUUUAUCAAGUUGAGGUCAUACGAAGUACGACAAAUGAGACUGAGAUACUUGCUUUUUUGACUCAGUUUGUUGUAGCAGAAUUAUGUUGUGGACAAAGCAGUUCAUUUAUUAUUUCCUACCUAGAGAUGUUGCUGUGCCUUGCUUGUUAGUUGGGAAUUGUUUCACUUAGUUGAGGGACUGGUCAUUAAUUAUUGGGUGGUCAGAGGUUUUUGAUGCACUGAGGUACUGAAAAUAAUUACCCUCCCCCAAAGCUUGUCAUAUUUGUGGAUGACUCGCCCCAUGUCCUUGUACAUUUUUUCAUGACCCUGCUGAAAAGACAAUGCAAAAGCAUCAUCAUAGAAUGCCCAUUUUUUCAUGACCCUCCCCAAACGGUUAUAAUUUUUUAGGACCCUCCCUCAGAGACUGUCAUGUUUUUGACCCCCUAAUGACCGGUCCCUAAACUGUAAGGAAGUUCUAGUUCUUGAUCAUUUGUGAAUUCAGUUACAGAAUUAUUGUACAGCUUGAUUUCAGUUUCACUCCAGAUGUGAAUGACAAAUUGUGCCUUUAUCCUACACACAAAGCAAUUAAUUUGCUCCAGUGGGGAAUUGUUUCCUAGAAAUACGCACUUCGUGUAUCUAGGAGAAGCAUGUCGAGAUGGAUAGCUGCAUGAUAGUGGACACGGUUGUGCAGAACAAGUAACAUUUGUUCCUGAAGUCUGUGACCAUGCGGGAAUCCUCCAAGUAGUAAACAUCUCUUCCGGCAUGGAAGGGUUUAUAUUAUUGAUGAA